AUGUCUUAUUACCCCUCUCCUGCAGGACUAUCAGGGCCCCCACCCAACCAUCAAAGCGGUCAUUAUCCCCAGCAACCUCCUCAGUCAUACCAAGGCGAUUACACGAAUAAGGGACAGUUCUAUGCGCCGCCCCAAGGGUACCAGCCUCAGUAUCAGUACGCUCCGCAACCUCAGCCGCAGACUGUUUUGGUGUAG